CCCAGACCCCAGCUACCUGCCAGCUGAGGGCGGGCAGGUCACCACCCAAAGGAUCUUUCCAUUCCAGCAGUUUCUGGAGAUACGGGUCAUCUAAGUCCAGAGCUUCAGAGCGUCAGCGCCAGGGAAGGGCAGAGCUGGGCAGAUGACCUUGGCCAGGCCCUGAGGCCGGCCCCCGGCCAUGUGCAGCCCCGAGGAGGAGGCCCUGCUGCAGCUGGAGGAGGUCUUCUUGGCCACCCUCGACCGAAUCAACGGGCAGGUCCUCCAGCCCCUGCUCGAGGCCGAGCCCUCGGACCCCCAGGGCAAAGAGUGCCGACGACUCCUGCUCCAGCUGCAGAGCAGCUCCCAGCAGCUCUGGGAGGCGACGCAGAAGAGCCUGCACUCGCUGCGGGAGCGGCUGCGCCACCCGGACACCGUCGGCCUGGAGUCCGUGCAGCUGCUGUGUUGCGCCGACCACGUCCUGCGGGUCCACGUGGAGUACAUCGAGUCCUACACCAGCUGCGUGGUGGUGCAGGCCUUUCAGAAGGCAGCGAAGUGGAGGAGUGAGUACUGGCGGGCCCAGCGGAAGGCGCUGCGGCAGCUCCUGUGGGGCCUGGGCUCCGAGCGCGCAGUGGGCCCCGCGCUGGUCCAGGCCCUGCGCCAGCCCCUCACCCAUCACGUGCAGCAGUACGUGCUCCUCCUGCUGAGCCUGGGCGACACCGUCGGAGAUCACCACCCCGCCCGGGAGCUGGUGGUGCGCACAGCCUCGCUCUUCGGGGGCCUGCAGUCCUUCCUGAGGCAGGCGCUGGACCAGGCCACGGCCACGCAGGCCCUCUGGCGCACCCUGAGCAGCCGGCCUCGGGAUGCUCUCUGCACCCCUGCUCGCCGGCUCUUGCAAGACAGCCAGGACAUCCCCGUGACGGUUGCCCCGCUGCGGGCAGAGCGCGUGCUGCUCUUCGAUGACGUCCUCGUCCUUCUGCAGGGCCACAGCGUCCACACCUUCGACCUGAAGCUGGUGUGGGUGGAUCCCGAGCAGGACGGGUGCGCGCUCCACCUCCUCACGCCCGAGGAAGAGUUCUUCUUCUCCUCCAAGAACUCCCAGGACCAGGCGGUCUGGCGGUGGAAGGUCACCCAGGCCGUGUGCCAGGCCCUCCGCGGGAAGAAAGACUUCCCGGUGCUGGGGGCAGGCCCGGAGCCCUCCGAGACCCCCACCUGCCGCUCCGUGGCGUACACCUUCCUGGCGGAGGGUCGGCUCUGCCAGGCCACCUACGAGGGCGAGUGGUGCCGCGGCAGGCCCCAUGGCAAGGGGACGCUGAAGUGGCCGGAUGGGCGGAAUCACGUGGGCAGUUUUUGCCAGGGCCUGGAGCAUGGCUUUGGCAUCUGCCUGGUGCCCCAGGCCUCUGAGGACAAGUUUGACUGUUACAAGUGCCACUGGCGGGAAGGCAGCAUGUGUGGCUACGGCAUCUGUGAGCACGGCACCGACCAGGUGUACAAGGGCCACUUCCGGGAUGGCCUGCGGCACGGCUUCGGGGUCCUCGAGAGUGCCCCGCAGCUCCCUGGGCCCUGCAAGUACACGGGCCACUGGGAGAGGGGCCAGAGGAGCGGCUACGGUGUCCAGGAGGACAGGGACAGGGGCGAGCGCUACAUUGGCAUGUGGCAGGCCGACCAGCGCCACGGCCCGGGGGUCAUGGUCACCCAGGCGGGAGUCUGCUACCAGGGGAACUUCCAGGCAGACAAGAUGGUGGGCCCAGGGGUCCUCCUCUCUGAAGACGACUCCUUGUACGAGGGCACCUUCACCAGGGACCUGGUCCUCCUGGGGAAGGGCAAGGUCACCUUCCCCAACGGCUUCACCCUGGAGGGCUCCUUCGGCAGCGGGGCCGGGAGCGGACUGCACACCCAGGGCCUGCUGGACACGGCUGCCCCCCCGCCCGACCCAAGCAGCACCUGCAAGAGGCAGCUGGGCCUGGGCGCCUUCCCUGUGGAGAGCCGCUGGCAGGGCGUCUACGGCCCCUUCCGAGACUUCGUGCGCGCCGGCUGCCCCGGGGACCUGCAGGAGGCUCUGCUGGGCUUCCACGUGCAGAGCUCGAGGGAGCUGCGCAGGUCGCAGGAGUACCUGUGCUGCGAGAGGACCCCACCAGAUGACAGUGCGGGCAGGAUGGAGGACAUCCUGGAGGAGGUGCUGCGGCACCGGGAGCCUGCAGCCCUGCAGCCGUACCUCACGAAGGCUCUGAGCAGCUCGCUGCACCCCCUGGGGAUGCUGCUCCGGACGCUGAUGCAGACCUUCCAGGCCACGUACGCGGGCAUCGGGGCCAACAAGCACCUGCAGGGGCUGGCCCAGGAGGAGGUGAAGCAGCACGCCCGGGAGCUCUGGGCCGCCUACCGGGGUCUGCUGCGGGUUGCUUUGCAGCGGAAGGGCCAGGCCCUGGAGGAAGAGGAAGACACAGAGACGAGGGACCUGCGGGUGUACGGACUGGUGCUGCCGCUCAUACUGCCCAGCUUCUACUCGGAGCUCUUCACUCUCUACCUGCUUCUUCACGAGAGAGAGGACAGUCUCUACAGCCAGGGCCUCACCAACCUGAGCCUGUUUCCUGACACCAAGCUUCUGGAGUUCUUGGACGUGCAAAAGCACCUGUGGCCCCUCAAGGACCUCACGCUGACAACCAAUCAGAGGCACUCCCUGGUCAAGGACAAGUGCUUCCUGUCAGCCACCGAGUGUCUGCAGAAGGUCAUCACCACGGUGGACCCCCGGGAGAAGCUGGAGGUGCUGGAGAGGACGUACGGGGAGAUCGAGGCCACCGUGUCCCGGGUGCUGGGCCGGGAGCACAAGCUGCCCAUGGACGACCUGCUGCCGCUGCUCAUCUACGUGGUGUCGCGUGCCCGUCCUGUUACGAGCACCUGCAGCGGGAUGACAUGCAUCGGCUGCCCAGCCGCUGGGACUCCAGGGAGCCCUGGUAGCUCGGCUUCUCCGGGACGAACCGUGGAGCUGAGAGCGGCCGCCGUGGACGUCCCGUGCAGCACGUGUGGCCCCACCUGGCCCUCCCGGCCCAACAGCCGAGGCGGGACGGGCUCCCGCAGGCGGGUCUCAGAGGAGACGAGUUUCUCGCAGGGAGAUGCUGCGGCAGACCCGACCGGGGUGAGGGUGAGGGGUGGCAGGGAUGGCCCCAGAGCUGGUGGUUUUCCUUCCCCUGCCACCGGACCAGUCUCAGAUGACCUUGACCUGCAACAGCUCUGGAGCUGGGGGCGAGGAGCCGCUGGCUUCCCCUUGCCGGAGCCUGGCUCCCACGUCUCUGAGCCUCAGUGGGGCAGUCUGUAAAAUGGGCUCGACAGUUUGUAAAGGAUCGUUCACCGUC